AGUUAGAAUGUGCAAGACCCAGUAAUAUGUCACGGUCAGCUGUAAUUUUGAAUUUCAGUUUUAUUUUGAUGCUGAUGUAAAAAAUUUAAACAACAAAAAUCAACAAUCGAAGGAGAUAAAUUUAAAAAAAAAUAUAUAAUUGCUAUUAUUGUUAUUUGGGAUUUAUAAAAUACGUUUUAUAUGAAGUUGUUACUUAUUAAGUAAACAAUUUUAAUUAAAAAUUAAAAUUAUAAUAAUUAUCAAUAUGGUGGAGCCUAUUUUCGAUUAUCAGUUUCGACUUAUACUUAUUGGUGACAGUACUGUUGGAAAAAGUUCACUACUUAAAUAUUUUACUGAUGGAAAAUUUGCGGAGCUGUCAGAUCCAACGGUGGGUGUUGAUUUUUUUGCACGGCUGAUAGACGUCGAUGAUGGUACAAGGAUCAAAUUACAAUUGUGGGAUACUGCUGGUCAAGAAAGAUUUAGGUCAAUUACAAAAUCAUAUUAUCGUAAUUCAGUAGGAGCAUUAUUGGUAUACGAUGUAUGUAAUAGAGCAAGCUUUGAACACAUUCCCCAAUGGAUGAUGGAAGCGCGUCGUCACAUUGAACCUCAUCGGCCAGUAUUUGCUUUAGUUGGUUGUAAAUUAGAUCUUGUAACUAAUGGAGGCAGACGAGAGGUAUCUAAAGAAGAAGCGCGAGCGUUCGCUGAUCAAAACGGGGUUCAUCAUAUCGAAACAAGCGCCAAGACCGGGGUAAAUGUCACCGAGGCGUUUCGUGCCGUCACUCAGGAAGUCUACAAUAGAAUUAAAACCGGGGAGUAUAAGAUCGAGGACGGUUGGGACGGCAUAAAGACUGGAUUUGCACGCCCCGGCGGUUUAGAUUUUAAUCUAGUCGAAGCUGAACCAGCCAAAUCCUCCUGUUGCUGAGGUACUUUCGUUAUUUUUUUUUUUUUUAUU